GCGCGAGCGCAAGCAUUGCCUACAGAGCAAGAGAGCAAAGGCACGCGAAACCAUCAGUAUCCUUCCAAAAACUCAAAAAUCCUGUGCUGCACGAGAUAAUUUCGCGGCACGACCCGAGAAAAGUGUUUGAUUGAAACCGGAUAAACGGGACAGUCAAGCAAGAUCGAUCGAGCAAAACAGAGUGGCAGUGAGUGGCCGCACAAGUGCGCCAUCAGUAGACUGUAAGCGAUCUACCAUUAAGAAGUGAUCGAUUGGAAUUGAGUGUGCGGGAGGAGCAAGAGGCAACGGGAUUUCCACCGCAUCUCGUUAACAAGUGUGUUGUGUGUUUGCUUGGAACGUUGGCAAAAACGGCAGGCCGUGAUUGAAGAAACCGUGAUAAAUCAACAGCUUCAGCAAGAUGAACACGGAGGAGUUUCGAAAGUACGGUAAACAGAUGAUCGAUUACAUCUGCGACUACGGGCAGACGAUCGAUACGCGUGACGUCGCACCGACGGUGGAUCCGGGAUUUUUGCGUCAACUGCUGCCAGAUGAGGCACCGCAGAAGGGCGAAGACUUUAAGCGCAUGCUGGAUGACGUCGAGACGAAGAUCAUGCCGAAUAUGGUGCACUGGAACCAUCCGCGGUUCUUCGCCUACUUCCCGGCCGGCAACUCCUAUCCGUCGAUCCUGGGCGACAUGCUGAGCAGUGCGAUCGGGUCAAUUGGUUUCUCAUGGGCAUCCAGUCCGGCCGCAACCGAGCUGGAGACGAUCGUCCUCGAUUGGUACGCGAAAGCGCUCGAUCUCCCAGCAUUCUUCCGCAGCGAUGCAAAGGGUACGCGUGGUGGUGGCGUCCUGCAAGGAUCGGCCUCCGAGUGUGCCCUCGUCUGCAUGAUGGCAGCCCGUGCCCGUGCGAUCAAGGAACUGAAGGGUCCACACGUCGACGUACACGACAGCGUCUAUCUGCCGCAGCUGGUGGCAUACGCAUCAAAGGAAGCACACUCAUCGAUCGAGAAGGCCGCCAAAAUGGCGAUCGUGAAGCUGCGAGCACUCGACACCGACAGUCGCGGUGUUUUCCGUGGUGACACCCUUCGCCAAGCGAUACAGGAAGAUUUGGCGCAAGGGUUAACACCGUUCUUCGUCGUGGCCACCGUCGGUACGACGUCGGCCUGUGUGUUCGAUAAUCUCGUCGAGAUCGGACAGGUGUGCCGGGAGGUGCGCAGCAUAUGGUUCCACGUCGAUGGUGCGUACGCUGGCAAUUCUUUCAUCCUGCCCGAGAUGCGUCGGUUCAAGGAGGGGCUCGAGUACGCCGAUUCCUUCAACACAAACCCCAACAAACUGCUGCUCACCAACUUUGACUGUUCGGCCAUGUGGGUGAAGGAUGUAAAGUCACUGACGACGGCACUGGCCGUCGAUCCGCUCUAUCUACAGCACGAUCACAGCAGUGCGAUCGACUACCGGCACUACGGUAUCCCGCUGAGCCGCCGGUUCCGUGCACUGAAGCUGUGGUUCGUCUUCCGCUCGUACGGUAUCGUGGGACUGCAGAAGUACAUCCGCAAUCACAUCGCGCUCGCUAAGCGCUUCGAAGCGCUCGUCAAUUCCGACGAUCGUUUCGAGGUGCGAAACGACGUCAACCUGGGUUUGGUGUGCUUCCGGUUGAAGCAACAGGAUCGCAUCAAUCGGGAUCUGCUGGCCAGAAUCAACCAGUCGGGCAAGUUCCACAUGACACCGGCCAUGGUACGCGGCAAAUACAUCAUCCGAUUUUGCGUCACGUACGAGCACGCCACCGAAGAACACAUCGAUUAUGCCUGGGAGGAAAUAAAGAAUUACGCCGAAGAGACACUGGUGGCCGAGUGUCCGGAGGAGGUGCAGGAGCCGACAACACCGACGGCCAAGAAAACACCGAAAAAGCUCACCCGCAGCAUGUCCACCCGCUUCUCCUUCACGCGCAGCGUUUCGAGAGAGAUCUUCGAGCGACAAAACAGUCGCUCGCAACUUACUGAUGGGUGCACACCGAUCGUCAUUAUCGAUACGGACGACAUCCUGGAGAGCUUACAGCGUGCGUCGCGCAUGAACGGUGAGCGAAGUGGCACGAACGAGACGUACGACGAUGAAGGUGAUACCGACAGCACCGACGAGGCCAGCAAUUGACUAGGAGAAGGCCGCACCGCGGAUUCCUGUAGCUCUCGAUCGUCCGAAACGGGCGAAUCGUCCGAGGGCCCAACAACCGCCGCAGUAUCGCCGGUAACGGCCGGGAACGGCCUCGUCGCGGCCCUUAACCCGAAAGACAAUGGGUGUAGCUGCCCGUACCAUCGGCAUCUGAGGCAGCACCUGCAGGAACCACGACCGGCCAAAUCGAAAAGCUGCUCCCAUAUUAAGCAGUUGUGAUAAGCUCCUUCUCGUCGUCAUUGUCGUCGUUGUGGGCGACUACUGGUACCCCUGAACCGGUACCGACUGAAAAGUAUUAUUUAUUUGUGUAAUAACUGCUGUGGCCGUUAGCCGCUCUAGCAGCUCUAGCUCGUAAGAACCAAUUUCCAUCUCGCCAUGACGCCAAGAUUGCCACUCCGAAGGGUUGCAGCGUUGGUAAUGCUUCUUUUCGUAGGCGCUUAAGAGUAAUUAGUGUACUUAAAAGGCACGAUAAUAAACGUGAAUGUUAUAUAGCA